UAGGUAGACAGAAGCUUACCAAGAUAUACAUAAAUACAAACAGAACUUGACAGGAUAAAAAUACGAUAAGUUAUAUCUUGGAGUCUUUUCAUAUUAUCUGCUAAGUUAGCGGAAAAAGAAACUAAACUUUUUUUUUUUAAUCUAAGAUAAUGUUGGCAUAGAUAUUUUGUGGAAAAUUUUGUAUAAAUUUUUGCAACUCAGAAUGAGUUCAAACAAUUUGAAAGAAAGUAAUGCUGCAGAAAAUUCCAGUCACAUUAAUAAAUUAUCAGCUCCUGUUGCUUUCACUCAAUCUUUGCAGCAUCAAGUUAAUGAGGAUGAUAUUUGUGCUAUUAUACAAUCUCAAAAACACAUGUUAUCUCGGUUUGAAAAAACAAAUGAGAUGCUUGUAAACUGCAAUUCCCUUCUAACUAGUCGUUACCUUGGUGCUAGUAAAGAAUUAAAGAAACAAAAAACCUUUCUAAUUGAUUUAAAAAAAGAUUUAGAGUCUGUUUUCAGAAGGAUAAGGUUUCUAAAGAUGAAGUUAUCACAACAAUAUACAGAAGCCUUCUCUGCAUCUAGUAUCAAUGUUCUUGAUGAAGAAGAAGAACAGGAUGAAAAAGAAACAGAAACAGGUACAAGUACAGUUAAAGAAUGUGGCACAAUAAAUGCUAGCAGUUCUGGUAGUAGGGGUAGUUCACCUUGUUCCAUCUCAUCACCCUCAACAUCUGAUACGUGAACAGGUUGAUUCUUGAAAAUCUGUUUUAUACUUACUAUUUAUACUUUUAAUUCUUGUGAUAAAUUUAUCAUUUUAUGUCAUUAAAUUAAUUUAACCAUAUUACUUUAUUCAUUUAAGAAAUUAAGAAAGAAAUGUUUGAAAUUUAAAGAAUUUGUUUUAUCUACAAAUUGGCUACUCAAAGUAAAAUGUACAUUUUUCUUAAAUGCACCAUUAUAAUGAAAUUUUUAACUUUUAGAUAACAUUUUAUUUUAUAAAAAAAAUCAAGUUCAGUACAAAUGUCAUUUCAUAGAUCAAUGGAUUUUAUCUAAAAAAAUUAUCUGUUUAAAACGAUUGCAAACUUAUUUAUUAUUACCUGUACACAUAAUAUUUUCAUUCUGUAUAUGAAUGUCUUGGGGCAAGAUAGGGAUAAGCCACAUUUUUCCAAAGGUGACAUUUUUACAUCAAAUUGUUUCUUACCAUUGUUUUGAGGUUAGUACUUCAUAAAUUUUCUAAAUUUGCGCUAUAUAGAAGCUCAAAAAUAUAUUCUCACAUACCGAGACACUGAUACACAAUCAGUGCCUUUGUCUCAAAGAAGGAAUCCUAUCAAAUUAUAGUCAUGAAAAUUUUUUUUUUCACUUACUCUCUCUCUUUUGAAAAUAUGGCUUAUUAUUAUUAUGCCUGAAGCUUUCCAUUUAUAAUUUGUGAGAAAAAACAUUAAGCAUGAUGUUUAGAUAUAAAAAAUAAUCAAAGUGAAAGUUAUGCUUUUUUUAUAAUAUCAAUCUAAAUAUUAAUCUAAAUAUCAGCAUAUUAAUAGAUGUAUUAAUAUUUUGAUAUUUGGAUUGAUAUUAUAAAGAAAGUAAAACUUUCACUUUGAUUAUUUUUUUAUGUCUUAUUGAUUACUAGGCAAUUUUACAAGCAUCUGCUUGUCUGUUAAUAUCAUAUACUCAUUUCACAAUUAUUUAUUUGUUCUAAAUAUAAUUUAAAAUUACAACGAUAAUAAGAGUGUUUUGUGCCCAAAUAUCUCAGCUCAGCUGAUCAAUAAAAAAAAGUAUUUAAAGUCUCUGCAUUAAUUCCUCAACUUCAGUAGUAAAAUAUUAAAAAUUAGUUUUUUUUUAUCUGUUAUGUUCUUCUUUACACAAGGUAUAUAUUAUUGUUGUUUUAAUUAUAUUUUCCUUCCUUUGUUGUUAAAUGAUGUAUUACAUCUACUUAUCUUUGAAUAAUUUAUAUCAGAAAAGGCUUUGACUUUUCAAUGCUUUUACUCUUUUGACAUGCUUCUGCUUUUUUAAAAAAGAGUUGAAUGGUUAUUAAACUAAAAGUAACUUUUAACUUUUGUUAGGAAUCAAGCACAUUUUGAGAAUUUCUUCGUAAAAUAAUUUCUAAAUAGAGAAAUGAAUUCGUUAUUAAAUGAACUUUCCUUUGUCAUCCAUUAUUUAUUUUAAGCGAAAUAUUUCUGAUUGCUUGACAUUUAACACAUUUUAUGGUAAAUCUUUAAUUGAUUUUACCAGAAACUUAACUAAUUGAGAGCAGUAAAAUCUCUGUCAUUCUUUGUAUUUUAUCCAGAAAGUGCUAACUUUAUUCUAUUUAUAAAAAGUUUCUUGGUGGUUGUAAUAUACAGAAGUAAUAUAUAUUAAUUUACAAAUUAAAAGUGUACUUUAUUAAUUAUGUUUAUGAAUUUUAAAUCUGUUUUGUGCUGUUUUAUUUUUAACAAAUUUUUCUUAAAACCAACUUUUUUUUGUGGAGCUCGUUUAAUAGAGGUUUGUCUGUAUGUAAGCAAAUUAGUCAUAAUCAAAAAUAAAUAAUUUUGAUACAAUAGGGAGAACAAAUGAUUUUCAAAAGUCUGGAUGAUUUAAAACUGAAUUUGAUGACAGAUUUUUAUUUGUUGAUGAAACUUUGCUUACGCUGAUUCUAUUUAAGGUGUUAACAAACAUCAAUCAGCUCAUUUUUAAAUCCUGAAAUGCGAAUUUAUGAACAGUUAAUUUAGUUAAAUUUUUAGUUUCCUAACUUUUGCUUCUUAGAUUAAUGUGCCAUUUUUUAACGCUAAAGUGACUUUCCUCAUAUAACAUUGUUAAAAAAAAGGGUGAUUAUUCUUUUAGUGGAUGAUGUAAAUGUUAAUUGCAUUGUUGGAAUAUGCUCUAGCAUUUUCUAUGAUGAACUGACCUCUAACAUGUUCUAUAUUGGUAACUUCACAUUUUUAACACUAAAGUGGCUUUCCUAGUAUAACAUUGUUAAAAAGAAAUGAUUAUUCUUUUAUUGUAUGAUGUAAAUGUUAACAGCAUUCUUAAAUUUUAGAGUAUGCUCUAACAUUUUCUACAAUGGACUCACCUCUAACAUGUUCAAUAUUGAUAACCUCAUAGAGAUUUGAAUUAGGUAAUUCUAAACCAUGAUUUUAAGCUUGGCUAUCAUUAUAUAUAAUGAACCAAUUCAUGCUAAAUUUGUUCAAUUUUUUAGUUAUUUUCAUUAUUUGUAUGUUGUUCUAAUUACUUUUGAAUAAUAAGCAUAUUGUAACACACUUAUAACUCAAAUUAUAUAAUUUAUUGCAUAUUUUUACCCCCAAAUGAACACAAAGUAGCUGGUGUGCAAUGCCUAUGCUAAAAUAGCCAUCACCAAUUGUUGGUCUUGAAAUUGUGAAGUGUUAACCUCUAUGAUCCUUAUAGACAACUAUCAUUUAUGGUAUUUGCAAGAAACUGUUAAUAAAAUCAUAUCUAAAAGCUUAUGAUAUUUGAAUUAUAUAUAUUAUUAUGUAAAUAAAUAUGUAAUUUAUAUAGUAUUAUCUAUAUAAUAUAAUUUACAUUACAUACAUAACUUCAUUAAUUUUUUAUAUAAAUUUAAAUUCCACAUGUGUCGUGGCAGGAUACAAUAGUUAAAUGUCGGAAAUUAAAAGGAUGAAAGGCUUGUGAUUGUUCAUUUUUAAAAGGUUAAAUCUUUCAAAUAAAAUCUACUAAUUGCAAACAAUGUUUUGUAAAACUGAUAUUUUGAGAUGUUUUUAUAAUAAUAAGUAUUUAAAAUUUCAAAGUAAUUUAACUUUUAAUAUGUUUGUAUAAUAAAAUAAUGUUCCUGCUUUUUUAAACAAAACUGAGAGAAAGUUUGAUUUUAAAAUUUUUUUCCCGUCAAAUCUUAAUUUCUUUGGGGUAUGUAACACAUGCUCAUUAAAUUUUAAUUUUAUUUAUUAUAACAUUGUGUUCAUUGUAAUUAAAUAAAUGUUUCAUAUUUUUCUUGG